UUGGCGCCGCGCCGGCCGCCCUUCAAUCGCUUGCGUUGCAAAAAGGACGUCUCCGUUGUCUCGUUUCGAGUGUCCGGGUGAAGCAGCGAACCGAAAGUGCAUGCAGUCACCAGCAUGCCGAGCUGUUUCGUUCCCGGCUGCAAGAAUCACUCAGGUCGAAGACUGGAUGGUGUCACUUUUCACAGGAUCCCGAAAAAUCAGCAGCGUCGUGCCGCUGACUUCAGACUGGCUUCAAGCCUUAGGCUACCCUCCCGACCGUGAGCCGUCAAAGUACAGCUCCAUAUGUUCUUUGCACUUUCGAGAAGAGCAUAUUGACCGAACCUCGUUGAGCUCGGUUCGUUUGCGAGACGAUGCCGUUCCGACUGUCGCCUAUCAGUCAGAACCCGUCACACCGUCACGCAGCCACUCGGAAUCGCCGUAUCCGGCAUCAGCAUCGAGCUCCGCUCCAUGCUCAGCAUCUGGUUCUGAAACUGUGGACAUCGGUCAGUCAACAACAGCUUCUCCACCCAGCCCCGUUCCCCAUCAAGCAGUUCCGCCUGUGCACGUGGAGCACAGCAGCAUUCAGGAACCUACUGAUCACCUCUGGGAAUAUGCAGCGGUGGGAACUGAGCCAACAACAAGCGUCGAAAAAGUGUCGUCAGCAGCUGCUCUACCGAGUGACAUGCGUCAUCUGGCUGUGCAUGUGGAGCACAGCGACGUUCAGGAAACUAUACUGGGGUAG